CUCGGACUUCCGGCGUGUUUUAACAUUGGGUUUUUGCCCUUAGGAAACGGGUCUGUUCACGACGAUUACUGCUUUAUUUGCCGUCGACCAAAGAGCCUCGUGCCUUGCAACACCUGCAGGAGGUCAUUCCAUGACGCAUGCAUGCCGCCUGGGUGGACUUAUGACGAGCAUAAAAACUGGUAUUGUCCCGUCUGCGUCCGACGCAAUUGGCAUGUCGAACCGCCGACUGUGACCCCGCCGACUUCUCCUCCUCUGUCUGCACAACAACAGUCGUCGAACAAUGUUCCGGAGCAAAAGCUGGGGGCAGGGGAAGGUACGACCUCUUCGGGGCAACAACCCGGGACGACCCCUGCGACAACCGAUUCUGGUCCCGGAAACCAGCAAGCGCUCUCCAUACUGGCCGAGAUUUCGCGAUCGAUGUCCCAGGGGAUGCCCUCAAAGUCCACUUCCGAACCCGUCACCUCUGCGCCGUCUUCUCAAACCGCCGCCUCGUCUCCGCGCCCUCCGGGCCGACCUGUCUCGACAUCCACAUCCUCCCGUCGUAACGAUUCCACAGUCCCUCCUUCGUCUACCUCACAAAACUUCUCUCUCCUAGAUUCCCAUGCCCGCAAGUCGCGCUUUGCAACCCUGUCUACGGAGGUGGAUUCCGCGCUCUGGGUUUUAUAUCGCGAGCUGGAAAACGCCAUGACGCUUCGACAACACGUUGCUGAACUCGAGGCUGAAAUCGUCAAGUUGCGUCAAGAUGUGAGCAUCCGUGACAACCAGAUUAUUCUGUCGCAGCGCGCAGCAGCCCAAGCGGGACGCAUUCCUCAAGCAGAUCUUGAGAGACUCAGGAUGCAAGCAGCCAAAGCGGAAGCCGCCGCUCGGGAGAUAGAGGAGCUACGGGCAAAGAAUGAGGCGUUGGAGAAGGAGCUGAAGGAGGCAAAGGCGGAAAAGGCAGCAAUGAGUGAGACUUUGAACGAGUGGAAGGAGAAGCUCAUCAACCUCAUCGGCAACUAA